AUCACUGGCUAGUGAGACCAAAACUAGCAUGGACAAGUGUCUUGAAUUUGAACAAAUCUCAUCAAAAAUAAACGAUCUGCUAUCACCAUAUGGCUUUGAAUGUUAUCCCUGUCUUGUAGAAUGGUACAAUGAGAUGGUUCAGAAUGCGUUUAGACUAGAAUAUGCUGCAGAUACCUUAUUAUUUGUGAUAUUAAGUACACCAUCAAUGUUUGAAAAAUCCAUCUUGCCUUUUAUUGAAGAAACCAAGGUGAAAGGGGUCAGGCAUGUCAGGGAUCCCGUUGAUGAUUGUAUUCGCCAUCAUGUACAGCGGGUGAAGCAGUGUCUAGCUGACUAUGACAUCGAAGAAAUGUACGACUUUGAAAUGGACAGUAACAGAAAGCCAAAGAUAUUGGUCCAGACAGCUGCUCAUGUGGCCGGAGCAGCAUAUUAUUAUCAAAGAAAAGACGUUGCCAACGACCCUUGGGGUAAAACUAAGAAUAUAUAUGGUGUUAGUUAUCAUCCUAAGUUUGGAGGCUGGUUUGCCAUGAGAGGAGUCGUUGCCUUCAAAAAUUUUAGUUUUCCUGAUCUCCCCAAGAGGACUCCACCUGAAGUGCUAAAAACUGAUGCAGAAAAGAUUGAUCUUCUUGAAAAGUUCAAUAAUAACUGGCAGGACUGGACAGAGGCUGGAUUCAGGGAUGUUAUACCAGUUGAGGCCAAAUAUUCUGAUGAACAAAUCCGAUAUUUUGACACAAAACCGAAGGAUCGGUUCAAAAUGCUUGGUAUUGAACGAGAGAACAGUGCCAAUGAUGACCUUUUGGUUGGUCAUGGUUAGCUUUAUUAAUUCUCUUCUUUUGUGAAUUUCGAACUGCUAAUAGUUCGCUAUCAAUGUAGGGAAUGGUUUAAACAUUGUAAGGUUAACUGGACAUGCUAUUUCCAUUGAUUGUUCAAUGAUGUUGAAUGUAGCACAGUAUUUUUAUUUGUUUGCAGGUUGCCAAUGCAUAUUUAGAUCUCACAUUUUACAGUAGGGCUCAAUCAGGUCUCAGGCAAUGAGGGGUAGUCGGUCCAGCACUAGUAUCUUAGUAUACAGCGCAUUUCAGUAUGUACUACAUGUUUAGUUGUUGUUCAAUACAUGUACACAAAAUAUGUCUAACGUAUAUAUCUCUUCAAUAAUGUAACAAUAUAUGUCAUUUCUGUUCAUUUCA